CUUUGAUAAAGUGAUGGAAGAAGAUUAUUCUAAUAAAUCAGCAUGGACAAGAGCACGUCAUUCUCGUAUUGGUGUUGCUUGUGUUGUUGCACUUACAUUGUUUAUUGAUAUGUUAGUCUAUGGUGUUGUUAUUCCUUGCCUUCCUGUUCUUGUGAUUGAGCGUUUGCAUGGUGAUUCUACCAUGGUUGGUUUAUUAUUCGGCUGUUAUGCUUUUGGUUUAUUGAUAGCUACUCCUAUCUUUGCUAUCCUUUCAGAUCGUUACCACAAUAGAAGAUACCCUAUGUUAGGUGGCAUGCUCGGUAUGGUGAUUUCCACUCUGGCUUUUGCUAUUGCAGAUUCCUAUGCUGUAUUGAUUUUAGCUCGUAUGGCUCAAGGUAUUGCAGGUGGUGCAUCAUGGACCAUUGGCCUUGGUUUAUUGGCUGAUGUGUUUCCUACAAAGAAACUCGGUGUUGUUAUGGGAACUGUCUUGACUGCACAUACAGUAGGAUUUGCCAUUGGUCCUGCAGUAGGUGGGUUCUUGUAUGAAUAUGGUGGAUUUGCUGCACCCUUUUUGUUUUGUUCAGGAUUUGCUGUCAUCAACUUCCUGGCUAUUGUUUGGUUAGCUGAGCCCAAGCAUGAUCAUAUUGAACAAACACAAGAUCAUGUUUCUCGAGCACAAGAAGAUAUAGACGAAACAACACCACUUGUCAAAAAUAAGGAUAGUCAAAAGAAGCCACUCACGAUGAUUGAUCUCUUAAAGAAUUGGCGCAUUUUGUCUUGUGUCUUGUGUGUUACUAUCAGUGCUUCUGUCUUUUCUGGCAUUGAGCCUGCAUUGCCUAUUCAUUUACAAAAGGAAUAUGAUGCCUCUGCUUCUACUAUUGGUCUUAUCUUUGUUACCAUGGUCAUUCCUGCUUUUCUUGCUCCUGCUAUUGGCCAUCUUUCUGAUAAGAUCGGUAGACAAGUUAUUUCUGCUACUGGCAUGAUCAUGAUGGCCAUUGCUUCUCCUUUAGUUGCUUUGGGAUAUGGUUCUAUUUGUUGGAUCAUUCCUCCUCUUAUGGUCUUUGGUCUCUCUAGUCCUGUGACUUUGACUCCCAUCUUGCCUGAAAUGGGCGAAACUGUCAGUGAAAUGGGUGGUGCUGCUUAUGCUCAAGUGUAUGCAUUGUACAAUAUGGCCUAUUCGGUUGGUAUGUUUGUUGGCCCUGUUGUUGCUGGAUUGAUUAUGUCUGCUUCAGACUUUGAAACGUUAAUGCUUGUGUUUGGUGCAUCCUUGCUCAUUUGUAGUCCAAUUAUGAUGAAUUGGGCUGCUGUAUAUAGAAAAACUAUUGCCAUCUUCUCUUCCUAAUCAUAUAUACGCUGUAGAUAAUGCAUAAUAAACUGUUUAACCAAUGAAAACGUGUGCCUUAUUCACUAUAGAAACAAAGUCAUGGUUGAAUCACCGAUGUUUUUCA